AUGGCCCAUCAUACAUAUGUCAAGCAGCUGAGUCCCCUGGACUUGCUUAUGCCGAGAACCUAUAUCAGGGUUCUUUUGGCUUUCGAAACGACAAUUCCAACCCCAGAACUCACACAAAGCCUCCAAAGUGGUCUUGAUAAGCUCUCGACACAAUUGCCUUGGCUCUCUGGACGAGUCUUCCCGACUACUUCUAUCCAACACAAAGCUUCCGUUGAGAUCCGAUCUAAUGCCGGCCACACACCAACUCUGGUCGACAAAGGCUCCAUAGCGGCACCAUACACGACUUUGUCUUCUCAUGGGAUGUCUAUGGAAGCCAUUCCAUCAGAGAUCUGGCCAGUGCCAAGCAUGGUCGAUGAUGGCAUCAGUGAAACAGGCGCCCCUGUGUUCGCCGCAAGCCUCUUUGGCUUCGCAGAUCAAGGCGUGGGCUUGUGUGUCUGCUUACACCACCACGCCGUCGAUGCAACUGGACUUUCAGAAGUUGUAGAACUGUGGGCUCGAAACGUUGCUGAAACUGGGUUUGAGUUCUCUGGUUCACACCAAACUAGACUGGAGCGUCUUUCAAAAGCACUUUCUCCGGCUCUUGAGGAUAUCUCAUCUCUGUCGUCUGAAAGUCUCUUGGCACUACACCCUGAAUACUCCAAAGUGCCACCCACGAUGCCAAAAGAGUUCGCUCCAUCCACAUCUAAGCUGUUCGCCAUUCCGGUUGACCGGAUCAAUGCCCUUAAGGAGACUCUACGAGAAUAUACAUCGAAUGCACCAACUACAAAUGUCCUGCUCUGCGCACUAAUCUGGACCACAAUUACUCGUGUUCGAGCCAACCGCAAUCCAGGUCUUGCAAGCGAAACGAGUCGACUAGUCACAGCGGUCAAUGGUCGGCAGCGCAUUAGCGAGACGUUUUCGGUGCCUGAGAAUCCAUAUUUCGGAAAUGCUGUGCUUUACUCCCUGACAAACCUUGCUGUUGGAGCCUUGGCCACAACCGAUGAGGACGCAAUGCGCUCGCUUGCCGGAGUCUGUGACUACAUUUCCGCGUCACAAUCACCCUCGAAGAUCGGCUCGCGUCAAAUCGCCGAGGUCUACGGUUUAGCAGAUCGUAUGCAAGAUUAUAGGUCUCUUUUCGUAGGUUGGGAUCUGUUUGGAUCGCGUGAUCUCACCAUCACAAGCUGGGCUGAUCUCGACGUUUAUGCUAUGGACUUUGGUGCUAUGCUCGGGAAGCCGAAGCUCGUUAGAUUUCCCUACAUGGAGGCAGAUGGAGUGGCUAUUAUUCUUCCGCGGCAGAGGAAUUUGUCCGAGGAAAUGCUUGAGAUAAUGGUCAUGCUACGCAGAGAUGAUAUGGGUGCCUUAGAACAUGAUGGCGUGUGGCAGACCCUUGUCUCUAGUAAUUAG